AGAGGGGGCGGUGCUCGGUGCGCUGCCGCCGCGCAGGGUCGGCGAAGUGUGCCGCCACGCAGGGCGGCGCAGGGGCAGUAGUCGCGGCUUCGGAGCCGCAUCUCAGCUCACUCAGGUCUCAGUGCGCCAGACGCUACUUCUCCCGGUUUCUGGCAUCAGCUAUGGCGGAGGCAAUGGAUCUGGGCAAAGACCCCAACGGGCCCACUCAUUCCUCGACUCUGUUCGUGAGGGAAGAUGGCAGCUCCAUGUCCUUCUAUGUGCGUCCCAGUCCGGCGAAACGCCGGCUCUCCACGCUCAUCCUGCACGGCGGCGGCACCUUGUGCCGGGUGCAGGAGCCUGGGGCCGUGCUGCUGGCCCAGCCCGGGGAAGCGGCUGUCGAGGCCUCGGGCGACUUCAUCUCCACGCAGUACAUUCUAGACUGCGUGGAGCGCAACGAGAGGCUCGAGUUGGAGGCCUAUCGGCUGGGCCUGGCCCCGGGAGCCGACCAGGCACCAGAAACGAAGCCCGGGGCUCAGGCUGAGAGCGCUGCCGCCGAGCCAGAGCGGCAGCAGCUCACGGGGCGGAUCGCCUUCACGGAUGCGGACGACGUGGCCAUCUUGACCUAUGUAAAGGAAAAUGCCCGCUCGACCAGCUCUGUCACGGGCAACGCCUUGUGGAAAGCGAUGGAGAAAAGCGCGCUCACUCAGCACUCGUGGCAGUCCCUGAAGGACCGCUACUUAAAGCACCUGCGGGGCCAGGAGCAUAAGUACAUGUUGGGGGACGCCCCAGUGAGCCCGUCCUCCCAGAAACUCAAGCGGAAAGCUGAGGAAGACCCGGAGGCUGCCGAUAGCGGGGAACCACAGAAUAAGAGAACUCCAGAUUUGCCUGAAGAAGAAUUUGUAAAGGAAGAGAUCAAGGAGAAUGAAGAAGCAGUCAAAAAGAUGCUUGUAGAAGCCACCCGGGAAUUUGAGGAGGUUGUGGUGGAGGAAAGCCCUGAUUUUGAGAUACACAUAACAAUGUGUGAUGAUGAUCCACCUACACCUGAGGAAGACUCAGAAACACAGCCUGACGAGGAAGAAGAAGAAGAAAAAGUUUCUCCACCAGAGGUGGGAGCUGCCAUUAAGGUCAUCCGGCAGUUAAUGGAAAAGUUUAACUUGGAUCUGUCUACAGUUACACAGGCCUUCCUAAAAAAUAGCGGUGAGCUAGAGGCUACAACCUCUUUUUUAGAGUCUGGUCAGAGGGCUGAUGGGUAUCCUAUUUGGUCCCGACAAGAUGACUUAGAUUUGCAAAAAGAUGAUGAGGAUACCCGAAAUGCAUUGGUUAAAAAGUUUGGAGCUCAGAAUGUAGCUCGGAGGAUUGAAUUCCGAAAGAAAUAAUUCACAAGAUAAUAAAGAAAAGAGAAAAGAUGAGGCAGAUGAGGUGGUAAAAAAAAUUUUGUGACCAUUGAACUUCAGAGAUUCUUAUAUUGGAACUUAGAAACUUGUCUUCUGACCAAUGUCGUCAUUACUCUGUGAGUCCUAGAUUUUGUAGCUACGCAGAGUUGUAUAGGGGGAUAAAAAUAAAAGAUAUUUGGAUAUAUUUAGAUCUGUCCCUGGCAGUAUCAGUGUGUUUCUGAAAGGAAAAUAUAAACCAGAGAGAGGUUGGUCUACAUAGUAAUCUUUUUUUGGAAUGGAACCUCUACUAUACUGGUGACAGGAACUAGUGACCAAGUCAGAGGAGAUUUAGAAGACAGGUCUUUUCAGGAAGUAUGAAUAAAGAGCCUCCUAUCCUUUGGCUGAAACUCCUCUAGAUUGUGAUAGAUUCUAAAUCAAGAAUCUAGAAUUAUGGAAAGAUUUCAUUGCCAGCCCUUGAACGUGGACCAUCCCAUACCCUUGUAUCCCCUAGGGAGCUCUAGUUUCUAAACUGCUUUGAAAACCCUACGUUUCCUUUGCUAACAAUAUUUGGGGACCCUGCUCCUUGGCUGUUCUUUCGAGUCCUAACAGUCAAGUACCUAGCUUGUGCUGCUUUAAUUACCACCCAGUUUUGUUUAAAAUACACACAAAAUCCUACAGAGUCUCAAGAACAGUCUCACUUGGAUAUUAGUAAUAUGUUUUUAUUUAUUGAGGAUAGUUUUGUGCUAAGGCUGUGUUAGAUUAAAAAAUUAGUUGGUUGACUGACUCCUCUUUGUUGUGUUGCUUUUGUUAUUGAAAAUAA